UAUUCUGGAAAGCGUAUGAAGAAAGAAUUUUUGCUUCUCUUCACAUAUAGAAGACUAGUGAGAAAAGAGAAAAAGAGUAAACUAAGAAAAUGGCCAAUUUUAAUUUGCGUAAAGCGGAGCCAAAAGACGUGCCUGACAUAUUGCGACUCAUAAAGGAACUCGCCAAGUAUGAAGAAAUGGAAGAUCAAGUUAUAUUAACUGAGAAAGAUCUGCUGGAGGACGGAUUCGGAGACCACCCGUUUUAUCACUGUGUGGUCGCAGACGUGCUAGCCGAGCAUCAGAAAGUCGAGGGUUAUUCUGUGAUUGGAUUUGCCAUGUACUAUUUCACCUAUGACCCUUGGAUUGGCAAACUGCUGUACCUUGAAGAUUUUUAUGUAAUGAAAGAGUACAGAGGUUUUGGAAUUGGGUCUGAAAUCCUGAAAACCCUCAGUGAUACAGCGGUGACGAAUCGGUGCAGCAGCAUGCAUUUCAUCGUGGCUGAGUCCAACAAAGCAUCCAUUGACUUUUACAAGCGACGUGGGGCUUCCGACCUCUCGCUGCAGGAGGGAUGGCGACUUUUCAGGAUCGAUAAGGAGAAUCUCCUGAAAAUGUCUGCCGAAGAGUGAGCUGUCCUGAAGUUACAGUGUUCAGGGAGGGACUAGUCAGAGUAUACGCAGAGUAAAUUGCUGUUUAUUAAUAUGAAUAAUACCCACAGAGUAGUUAAAAGCAUUUUAUUUAAGGAUUAAAUUAUUAUUUAAACUAAGAAAUGGUUGUGAGCCAUCCCUAUAGGCAAUUUACUCUGAGAUGAAGUUACAGUAGAGCUUUUAUUCAUCCUUAUAUUUCAGUCAUAUUCUGUAGUUUGAAUGCCAGAGUAUCUUAUCUUAUUUAAUAGUCUUUUAUCCAAAUUUAAAAUCUAAAAAAGGAAAAGAAAAAGUGAUGUCUCCUAUUUGAUUAUAUGCAGGGCCAUUGCUAGUGGGGUGAAAGGUGUGAAGGGCCCCACUAAAUCCAGUAGUAAUGCUAUAUAUUCCCCUACUCUUAUAUGAAUCAUUUUAGUAUAUAUAUAUAUUGCAAAGUCAGCUUGUAUGCCUGAGUUUAAUGAAAACCUUAAAAACAUGUAAUUUAGUUAAAAAAAAGCUUUCCAAAUAUAUC